AUGACGACCGACGACGUGAACAAGCAAACUCCUCAGGAGUUCUUUGAGACCAUCGGUAACAAGGUCAAGAACCUUGCGCCUACUGCCGAUGGCGAACAAAGUGACGACGACGAGCGGGCUGUUGAAGAAAUCGAGUCGCUGUGCAUGAACUGCGGCAAGAAUGGCAUGACCCGAAUGCUCCUUACCGCGAUCCCCUACUUCCGCGAAAUUGUCAUCAUGUCCUUUUCCUGCGAACACUGCAACUUCCAGAACAACGAGAUCCAGGCUGCUGGAACCGUCCAGCCCAAGGGCACACACUACGAGCUGCGCUUGACUACCCUCGCCGACUUUGGGCGACAGGUUGUCAAGUCGGAUACUGCCACCGUCAAGUUUAUCGAGCUGGAUCUCGAGAUUCCCGCUGGUCGCGGCCAGCUGACAAAUGUCGAGGGUCUCUUGACGACUGUCAUUGAUGAUCUCGAGCUGGGACAAGAGGCGCGAAAGGAGCAGGCUCCCGAGGUGCACAUCAAGGUCGCCGAGAUCAUCGCCAAGGGCCGUGCCAUGCUGCUUGGCGACUCCUUCCCCUUCCGUGUCUGGGUCGACGACCCUGCUGGAAACUCUUUCAUUGCUCCCGACCUGAAGGACGGCGUGGGCAAGUGGGAGAAGCACGAGUAUGCCCGAACUCCCGAGCAGAACGCUGAAUUGGGUCUCUCGGGCUCCGACCCCAGCGCCGGCCAGGAGCAACAAACCCCUGGCUUGACUGCUGAUGGCGAAAUCAUCCCCAACGAGGUCUACAGCUUCCCUGCCACAUGCCCCGGCUGCAUGCACCCUUGCACUACACACAUGAAGAUGGUUGACAUCCCCCACUUUAAGCAAGUUGUUCUCAUGUCGACCGUGUGCGAUGACUGCGGUUACCGAUCCAACGAUGUCAAGACUGGUGGAGAGAUCCCUGAGCUGGGUGAGAAGAUCAUUCUCGAUGUCAAGGAUAGUACCGAUCUUGGCCGUGAUAUUCUCAAGAGUGAGACGUGUGCGCUUGAGUGCCCCGAGCUCAAGCUGCAGGUCAACCCCGGUACUCUUGGUGGUCGCUUCACCACCGUCGAGGGUCUCCUGACUCAGGUCCGAAACGACCUCCACUCGCAGAUCUUUGAGGCCGACGGCUCUGGCCAGGGCGGCGACUCUCUGGCUGCUAAUGAGAAGAGCCAGUGGGACGAGUUCUUUGACGGCCUCGAUACCGCGAUCCGGGGCGACAAGCCCUUCACCAUCAUCCUUACCGAUCCCUUCGCCAGCAGCUAUGUCCAGCCCUUGGUUGACCCGCCAAAGCCUGACCCCAGCAUCCACCGUGAGAGCUACACCCGUACAGACGAGGAGGAGGAGGAGCUUGGUCUCAAGGAUAUGAAGCUAGAGAACUAUGGUGAGAAGGAGGAGAAGGAGGGAGAUAAGAAGGAGGAGGAGGCAAAGAAGGAGACGGAGCAAAGGUAG